AUGUCUUCCUCAUCCUCUCUGACCGAUGCUCUGCGGUCGAUUUCCCGCACUGCUCAGUCCAUCGGCAGCUUCGUUGCACCUCUCUCUCGCCCUGUGCCCAUUACUCCUCCAACACAGCAGCCCACCGACAUACCACCGAUUUCCUUACCUGAGCCAGCCUCCAUUCAUACGCAGUUGUUGGCCAUAGGAUGCUCCCCUGCACUAGCAGAUGAUCUGUCGCGAAUGCAUUUGCUGAAGACGGAUGAGCUCCGUUCCGCCACUCAACGUCACCUUCAUACAAUGUGCGCAAAACUCGCUGAAUCGCCUCGCCAUCAUGGCUUUCCCCCGUUACCUCAACUAUUAGCCAAAGUCAUUGCGGCCUUCACAGCGAAAUACUCCAGUGAUUUAAAGAUACUCGAACAACGUGCCGUAAUGACUGUUUCGCGCAAACUCCAAGCUCGAAAUGCGCAACAAACACGAGUGGAGAAAAAGCCUUUCAAUCGUGAUUUUAUACCCUUCCUCGAACAAUACUUCGAGCACGACCCUUUCCCCACCGCCGCUGACCGCAAGUUCAUGGCGUCCAAAUCUAACAUGUCCGCCCGCCAGAUUGAAGUCUGGUUCCAAAACCACCGCCGACGGGCCAAAGAGCUGGGCAUCCCCGUCAAACGCACGCGCAAAGCCAUCGACGGUAUCCCCGCAAUGCUGGACAUGUCCCUCCUCGAAGACAAGAUGCCGGCAGCGUAUUUCAUUCCCGAGCCUCUACGCCAAGUGGUCGACUCCGACUCUGAGGCCGAAGAGGACGAUGGACUCGAGCUUGGGGACGAGGAGGACGAGUUUGAUGGUGUUGAUUACGGAUUCGGGGACGAGCCCGAGGUGAUCGACCUCACCGACGCGCUCGAGCCGUCUGUCCCGGCCUAUGCUUUUCCCACCACCUUCCAAGCAAGUCGCACGAUGCCGGGCAUCAUCACUCCCCUUACACCGUUCUACUUCCCCCCUCCGCAAUGGCGGCGCAAGGCCAAGACUGUCGAAGAGCGCACUCCCGUGUCGAUCGACGAGCUUGUCAACGCCUUCAGCCUCCUGCACACACGUGACGCGACACCCACCGCCUCGCCCGUUUUCCGGGUGCCGUUUACAUGCACACUCCCGCAGGCGCCGUUGCCUUCCCUAAUCAACCGCAAAGUCACAAUUUCGCCUGUCCAGGCGACCACCAGCCUGAAUACCGCCAGCGCCCGGCGGACGAGCUCGAAGGGGAACAAGGGCCGGGCGUCGAAGCAGCUCGCCGCGUCUGUUCCCACGCUCGCGACUCCCACGCCACGCAAGCAGAAACCGAGUUUACCGAAACGCACGCCCAAACGGGCACCCAAGCAACACCCUUCCCCGCCGCCCCAGUACCAACACCACCCAUACGAGCGCCAGGCAACACCCCCGUCGCGGACCCCUUCGCUGGACUUCUCGCCCUCCUCGUCCCGCAACACCUCCUUCGCGUCCCCCGCCUCCUCCCCGCCGCGGUCUGUGUCCUCCGGCUCGAGCGGCCCGCCGACGCCCGCCGACACGCACGUGCCGCUCCCGGUCGUCGUCGCGUACGACCCGCUGUUCGGCGACCCGAUACUGCCCGUGCACACGCUCGACCCGUGGGUCAAGUCGGCGGACACGGAGUGGCCCCACUGGACCGCGGGGCGGCUCGUGCUGCCGACACCAUGA